UGAUAGACCAUGGCCCAAGGGACGUAACUGGAAAAUCAUGGAUGGGGGGCUAAGCGUCGUUUUUAGGGGUCUGGGCAUACUGCCCAAAACAUAUUUUCAUCAUGUAUUUUUAGUAUCAACAGGUGUAAAAUCUAUCAAAAUAAGGUUAUUUUUGGUCAAGGUUCGCUAAAGGUAUAGCUGGCUCGUAGUUUGUGUUAGACACUUAUCUAAUGUGACUUAAAUGUCUGUUGAAUGUCGAAUAUAAAACUGAUUUCACCUCGGUCGCAAUAAUAACGACGCACACGGGAGAAUAGCAGUUCGUUCAUAGUUCUAGAGAACAGGACAAGCAAGACUAAAAACUUGAACCAGAGGACCCAUGGCUGCCAAAGACCUCAUCAGAGCUACCAGUAGCUUAACCAAGGCAUCUCAAUGCAGAGAAGACACUGCAAUCAUCUCUAAAGCUCAUGCCAACUGGGAAGAAUACCUGACUCCAGCACCAAUGUCAAUAGCCUUCCUGGGUGAGCUAGUCUUCAUCUCCUCCAAACAAGACUUCUCUAUCAAGGCUGGAGAACCUACUGGUGGAUUCAUGUUCAUAAAAUAUCCUGAUUCAUUUCGUGCCUGCCUCCUGCAAGUGUGCAAUUCAGGUUGGGAAGCCUUUAACGAAGCCCACAAAAGCAUGGACCAGAUUCGCUUGCACACACAAAAUGUGCCACCCUACAUCAAGACAGCUGUCGAUAUACUUGUCCAGAAUGAUGAUGCCCUUGUUAAAAACCUUCUUCCUGACACCUUAGAUAGCAUUAACAACAUAUCAGCCAGUUGUGUGGAACUGGCCAAAUCUGUUGAAAAUAAGUUUGCUCAUGUUACUAAAUUGAUUUCAGAGCUUUUAGAGACGUGCACAAGUGCAAAACAGAGUUAUGGCACAAAACUGGAAGAGGUUAGGAAUAUGCUGGAAUACCAAAAGGUACAGAAAGAUAUACUUGAGAAGGAAAAUGAAUUAGCUGAAAAAGAAUAUGUGAAACUACAGAAGUUGCAGGAUAAGUCUUAUGAAGAUUUCAAAAAGGCCAUGGACUCCAUGCCAUCAGGUUGGGAUAUGAUUGGAAUGAACUUUGUUGAAGCAAUCACAAAUUUUUUGACUGUUCCAUUGAAAUUGCCUUCACUUGCAGUAAACUUAUUUAAAAAGACAUCGGAAAAUCCUAUUAACACGUAUGCGACAAAUGAAGUUCUUUGCCAGUCUCCUAUGCUGCUUCUUACUGCCCAAACCUUAUAUGACAUUAUUCAGAAGGACAAAAUUGAAUGGUCAAAGGUUGUAGAUGAGAAAACAGGAAAGAUGAGGACUGACUGGCUCAAGGAACAAAUCGAAAAUCUGCUGUCAAGCAUAGAACAAGCAGACCAAUCUCCCACAAAGACUCAGGCAGAGCAAAUGUGUCAAGAGAUCAUUACCAUUUGCACUGACCUAAGUUCAAGGGCUUCUGAGGACAAGCAUGACAAUGACACCAAGAACAAAAAAGUGAUCAAACAAAUUAAGAGCGUAAAGAAGUCUGCAAUGAAGUUUGAUUGUUCAGCCAAAAAAAUCACACAAACGUCUGCCUUACCAGUUACUAGCCCAGGAAUGAGUAAAGUUCAAAGUUCAAGCACAGGACCAGCAGGUCAGAUGUCUUCAGAAAAUGCCCGCUUCCGUAUUGAGCAAAUGAAAGCCCAGUUUGAAAGUGCCAGUCAGAAGUACGAAAGGUCUCUGGAAAAAAUGGAGGAAAAGCAAAGAGGGCUAGCUGAAAUCCUCAACAAAUUGAGAAACUCUGAUGUCCAGGACAUUGAAUUUGACUCAACCAUUAAAAUGCUAGCUGAAGGUCUACAGGCAAUGGGCAUUCUGCAAGAGAAAUGGCGUAAAAUGGUGCAGUUCUUUCAGAUGAUAUCAAACAUUAUUAACACAUGUUUGAAGACAUCCCUGCAGGAUUUUACCAAAAAUGCUGGGAAUUCAAACCUGAAAUAUGGUUCGAAUUUGUUCUUGAAGGAUAUGAUUUACCGACAGGCAUUUGAAGCUUGCAAUAUUGCAAAUCAGGUGAACAUGAUCUCUGGAACCUACACUGAGAUCUCCAGCGAGUACUUGAUGGACAGAAUCAACAGCCUGGGACGUCUAAUGGCUUUGGAUCCCAACCACCCACGUUUUAAAACAGAACGCUUGGCAUUGGCUACAUCUUGUGAUAAUGCAGAAAAACAGAUCAGAGCUUGUGUUGUGAAAAAUAAGGAACUUUACAAGACAAAAUGUAAAGCAAGACUUCAGCUUAUUGAAAACCAGCUGAAAUCAAUUUUACCCCCAACAUCUGAAAAGGAAACAACAGAACUGCAGAGCAUAGUGGCCUCUGGAUUCAAGGACGACACUGAGGAUGGACUGGAGGAGAAGACUGAAGCCGGACACAGAGGCAACUCACAGCAUGCAUGAAUCAACUUCUAAAUAUUUUCCUGUAAAUAACGAAUAAUACAGUUAUGAUGUGUGUGACAGAUGACUGAUUAUCAUGUACAUGCUUUGAGAUAAUUGAUGUCAAUAAAAUGAUGCUUAAGCAUCUUCUGAA